AAAAUUUAAUUUAAUCUUUCCUUUAUUUUCAGGGUAAAUAUAAUGAAUUAUACUUCAGAUUUUGAAGAUAAUUCUGGAGGAUCUACAAAAAGAAAAAGCUCUUGGAAACAUGACGAUAUAGCAAAAAAGUGCAAAACAACAGGAAGUACUCAUUCUUCUCAGCUACCCUCAAGAUCAAGUUACAUGGAUUCCUAUGAAAAAGAAGAAAGAAAAGCUCACAUUGAACAAUUUCUUUCAAUGAGUGCUUAUGCCAGACAUAAGAAGCUUGUUCAUGACUAUCUUGCUUAUUAUGGAGGGAAGAUGGAGGACUUUGAAAGAUCAAGUGUUAACGAUAAAACAGAUUAUGAUGUCAUUAAGGAGAAUCAUAAGUUUAUUUGGGAUGAUCAUGACGAUAGUGAAGAAUCUUGGGGGAAAAAGUUGGCAAAAAAAUAUUAUGACAAGUUAUACAAAGAAUAUUGUAUCUGUGAUCUCAGCCAGUAUAAACAUAAUAAAGUUGCAAUGCGAUGGAGAGUUGAAAAAGAAGUUAUGGAAGGAAAAGGUCAGUUUAGUUGUGGCUCAAGGAAAUGUCAAUUAUCUGAUGGUUUGAAGAGUUGGGAGGUAAAUUUUGUUUAUUCUGAACAUGGAGAGAAGAAACAAGCAUUAGUUAAGCUACGAUUAUGUCCAGACUGUUCAUACAAGUUAAACUAUACCAAAAAACAUAAUAAAGCUAAAAAGUUAAAGAGAAAAAGCUUUAGAGAAAAGUCUAUAAAUGAUACUUUAUCCAGUUCUCAAGCUAACGAACAAACUGAAGCACCUGGAUCAUUGUCGAAAAAUAUUGAUAGUAUAUGGACCCAACCUCUACAAGAGAAUUUGGUUGAAAAAACAAGGGAAGAAGAAUUUGAUGAAUAUUUAGAAGAUUUGUUUUUGUGAUGACCAAUUAAAAUAUUCCUAA